AUGGCAGCUGCAGAUGGGAUCUGGAUCGACAGCAAUGGGAAAGUCCCAAGAAAUGUAGACCAAAGUGUCCACGAAGGGUCCAACAAAGACCUCGAUCAUCCUGAAGAACUACCAUCCAACGAUACCUCCGUGGACCCCAGAUUCCAGGCCGGUGUUCAAGACAUUGAGGCUGUCACCAUUUCGUGGUCCACCAAAUCCUUGGUGAUUGCCUACACACUGAUCUGGCUGGUUUACUUCGUUCAAGGCCUCGUGGCGGGAAUCAGCAGUGCUCUUCUCCCUUACGUUACCUCUGCCUUCGCACUACAUUCUCUCACGGCUACCACCGGCGUCUUGAGUUCGGUCAUUGGCGGCGUCACCAACAUGAGCAUCGCAAAGACUCUGGACGUCUUCGGUCGCCCGCAGGGCUUUCUCUUCUGUGCUGUGCUCGCGACUCUCGGUCUCAUUAUAGCGGCCGGCUGCAACAAUGUCGAAGCGUAUGCCGCGUCACAAGUCUUUUACACCGUGGGAAUCAACGGGGUGGGCUACAGCCUGAGUGUUUUCGUCGCCGACAUCACCUCGCUCCGCCACCGAGGCCUCAUGCAGUCUUUAUGCACCUCAUCCAGUAUCAUUACUCCCUGGUUAAGCGGUCCCAUCUCCACGGCGUUUUUGAAUGGAGCUGGCUGGCGCUGGGCUUUUGGGAUGGAGAGUAUCCUCGUCCCCGCUAUGACGAUUCCGCUCUUUGGGCUCUUCAUGUAUCAUUUCCUCCGGGCGAAAAAGCAGGGAGUUGUUCCGAAGCGAUCAAGUGGCCGGUCAGUAUGGGGUCCUUGGAGCUACUACGCGCGGGAGUUUGACCUUGCGGGGCUCUUGCUGCUCUCCGUCGGGGUCGCUUUCUUUCUACUACCCUUCAACCUAUACGCGCAGCAGGCUAAAGGAUGGGGCUCCGCCAUGGUCAUCUGCUUCCUGGUAUUUGGUAUCAUUCUUUUGGUCGGAUUUGGAAUCUGGGAAAGAUUCUUUGCGACAAAGUCUUUCAUUCCAUGGAAGCUCAUGAAGGGUCGGACAGUCGUCGGUGCCUGUCUGCUGUCCUUUGCGCUGUUCUUCAGCUACAUGUGCUGGGGCACGUUCUUCAGCUCGAUCCUCCAAGUCGUCAACAACUUGAGCGUCACAAAUGCGAGCUAUGUCAUGGCCACCUAUACCGUCGCCGGCGUCUUCUUCGCCAUCGUCGUCGGUGCUUUGAUAUCCUACACGGGACGCUUCAAGGCAGUCACACUCUACUUUGCAAUUCCUCUUUCGAUCCUCGGCACCGGGUUGCUAAUUUACUUCCGCGAACCUAGCGGGAAUAUCGGCUACAUUGUCAUGUCCCAAAUUUUCAUCGCUUUCGGCAGCGGGGCCAUUACGCUCACGGACGAGAUCGCGAUUUUGGCUGCCGUCAAGUACCAGCAGGAGUUUGCGGUCGCCAUCGCUCUAGUGUCUAUGUGCGGAAGCAUUGGCCAAGCCGUAGGCUUGACCGUUUCUUCCGCCAUCUGGCAGGAUAUCUUCCCCAAGCAGCUCGCGCUAUAUCUCCCCGAAGACGAACUCCCCAACCUGACCACGAUCUACACGGACAUUGUGACCCAGUUGUCGUACCCAAUUGGCUCGCCCACUCGACUGGCAAUUCAGCGGGCGUAUGGUGAUACACAGAAGUAUCUAUUCAUCGCGGGUACCAGUGUUUGGGUCAUUGGAAUUGUUGGCACUCUCAUGUGGCGGAACAUCAACGUCAUUGACAUCAAACAGACCAAGGGCCGUGUCUUUUAA